AUGACGUCGCACAAUGGCCGGCCCCCGCGGGUAGUGGAGCCCGUUUGUUCCGCCCGCGUCGCCCCUCCGGCUGGAGCUUGCGAGGAGCGGAAGGGCCGAGGGACGUCCCGCCCGCGCCGCCGCGAUUCCAGCGGAGCCGUGGCCCGGUCGGCGGCCUCGCGCUGAGGUUGUAGGCGGGGACUGCUCCACCUUCCUUAAGAGUUUUUGUGGAAUCACUCCAAAAGGCAGACAGAACUGGGUACCGAUGGACGUGGCUGAGAGCCCUGAACGGGACCCUCACUCCCCAGAGGAUGAAGAAGAGCGGCGGGCGCUCUCAGACGAUGACAUACUGAGGGAAAGUGGGUCUGACCAGGACUUGGAUGGGACUGGGGGGAGGGCUUCCGACUUGGAGGAUGAGGAAAAUGUGGCCAGGAUACCGAGCCAGGAAGGGGAGAACCGCUCCGAUGAAGAGGACCGGGCCAGCGAGCCCAAGUCCCAGGACCCAGACUCUGAGGCUCCUGAGCUGAUAAGCAGGGGCCCAACUGGCUCCCCGUGUGAGGAGGAGGCGGGGGAUGGCGAGGAAGACCAGACGAGUGACCUCAGGGACGAAGCCUCCUCGGUGACCAGGGAGCUGGAUGAGCACGAGCUGGACUAUGACGAGGAGGUCCCCGAAGAGCCGGCUCCCGCCCCCCAGGAUGACGAAGCUGAGAAGGCUGGGGCCGAGGAAGAUGAAGAAAGGGCGGGGGGUGCUCCCGGGGAGGAGGCCAAGCCUGGCGUCCAAGAUGUGGGGGAAGAGGGACCCACGGGGGCCGCCAAGGAGAAAAAAAAAGAGGACGACGACGGAGAGCUUGACGACGGGGAGAUAGACGAUGACGACCUUGAAGAAGGCGAAGUGAAGGACCCCAGUGACAGGAAGGUGAGGCCUCGCCCCACCUGCCGAUUCUUCAUGAAAGGCGUUGUGACACCACUGUCCACUCCUCUUCCACCAAUACCAAAUUCCAUACCACUCAGAGGCCAGGUUAAAGGGAACUGCACCUGGGGAAUGAAUUGUAGGUUUAUACACCCUGGAGUGAAUGACAAGGGAAACUACUCCCUAAUCACCAAAGCUGACCCGUUCCCGCCCAACGGUGCCCCACCUCUCGGACCUCAUCCACUGAUGCCUGCCAACCCUUGGGGUGGGCCAGUAGUUGAUGAAAUUCUGCCCCCACCUCCUCCAGAACCCCCCACAGAGAGUGCCUGGGAACGAGGACUCCGGCAUGCAAAAGAGGUUUUAAAAAAAGCCACCAUUCGGAAAGAACAGGAGCCUGAUUUUGAAGAGAAAAGGUUCACAGUGACCAUUGGUGAAGAUGAACGGGAAUUUGACAAAGAAAAUGAAGUUUUCCGAGACUGGAAUUCUCGGGUUCCAAGAGAUGUCAGAGAUAGCGAACUUGAGCCUUACGCGGAUCCUUACUAUGACUACGAAAUAGAGCGAUUUUGGCGCGGUGGACAAUAUGAGAACUUCAGGGUACAAUACACAGAAACAGAGCCGUAUCACAAUUACCGAGAAAGGGAGCGGGAACGCGAGCGCGAGAACAGGCAGCGCGAGCGGGAACGCGAGCGGGAGCGGGACCGGGAGCGCGAGCGGCGGCAGCGCGAGCGGGAGCGGGAACGCGAGCGCGAGCGGGACAAGGAGCGGCAGCGCCGGAAGGAGGAGUGGGAGAGAGAGCGAGCCAAGCGGGACGAGAAGGACCGGCCGCACCGGGAGCGCGACAGGGACAAGGAGCGCGACAAGGAGAAGGAGAAGCCGAAGCCGCGCUCCCCACAGCCGCCGAGCCGCCAAGCGGAGCCACCAAAGAAGGAGGUCACCUCUGCAGGGCCCCAGGUGAAGCGAGCUGAUGAGUGGAAGGACCCUUGGCGCCGAUCCAAGUCUCCAAAAAAGAAACUUGGGGUGUCAGUCUCCCCAAGCCGGGCACGCAGGCGUCGAAAAACCUCGGCCUCAUCAGCCUCUGCCUCCAAUUCUUCCAGGUCAUCGUCUCGGUCCUCGUCCUACUCUGGCUCCGGCUCGUCCCGGUCCCGGUCCCGGUCCUCGUCCUACAGCUCCUACUCGAGCCGCUCUUCCAGGCACAGCUCUUUCUCAGGCAGCCGCUCCAGGUCCCGCUCCUUCUCCUCGUCCCCAUCCCCGUCUCCCACGCCCUCCCCGCACAGACCGCCCGCAAGAGCCAAGGGGGAGCCGGCCCCACCACCCGGGAAAGCAGGAGAAAAGCCCGUGAAGAAGCCAGCCCCGACCCCUGCUCCGCCACAGGCCACCAAAGCCACCGCGCCUGCCCCCGAGCCCGCCAAGCCAGGAGACCCCCGGGAGGCCAGAAGGAAGGAGCGGCAAACCAGGACACCCCCCAGGAGGCGGACAGUGAGCGGCAGCGGCAGUGGCAGCGGCAGCAGCUACAGUGGCUCCAGCUCCCGAUCCAGGUCUCUGAGCGUGAGCAGCGUGUCCUCGGUGUCCAGCGCCACCUCCAGCAGCAGCUCCGUGCACAGCGUGGACUCGGAGGACAUGUACGCCGACCUGGCCAGCCCCGUGUCCUCCGCCAGCUCCCGCUCCCCCACCCCCGCCCAGACGAAGAAGGAGAGAGGGAAAUCUAAGAAAGAAGACGGCGUCAAGGAGGAGAAGCGGAGGAGGGACCCGUCCACCCAGCCACCCAAGUCCUCGAAGCCCGCGGCGGGGGGCAAGUCCUCGCAGCCGCCCGCGGGGGGGCAGCAGGUGCCCCCCGGACAGCUGCAGCAGGGCUCCUUCGUUGCCCACAAGGAGAUCAAGCUGACGCUGCUGAAUAAGGCGGCUGACAAGGGGAGCCGGAAGCGGUACGAGCCUGCGGACAAGGACCGGCAGAGCCCUCCGGCCAAGCGGGCCGCCCUGUCCCCCGAGCGAGGUUCUCGGGACCGGAAGUCUGGGGGAAGACUGGGCUCCCCAAAGCCAGAGCGGCAGAGAAGCCAGAACUCCAAAGCCCCCGGAGUCCUGGCAGACAGGAAACGCCAGCCGUCGCCCCAGUCCAAGAGCUCCAGCAAGGUCACCAGUGUGUCUGGCAAAGCCACGGACGCGGCCGCCGCCAGCGCCAAGCCAGGGAAGGCCAGCACGCUGUCCCGGCGGGAGGAGCUGCUCAAGCAGCUCAAGGCCGUGGAGGACGCCAUCGCGCGCAAGCGCGCCAAGAUCCCCGGCAAGGUGUAGGGGCGCCGGCCCCGGGCUAGACUCGAGGAGGUUUUAUAAAUAGGGUAAGCGCAGCCAUUGCGGACGUUGCAGUUAAUGUCUUAUUUUGGCUGUGAUUCUUUUUAAAAAUUAAAAAAGAAAAAAAAAGUUUCUCAGCUGGAAAAGAAGCCACACAGGAGAUGAAGACACCUCCCUCCCGGGACCGCACCAGCCGCGCCCCUUCCGGAGGAGGGCCGGCACCUGCCGCCUGGCCUUGGGUACACGACGAGUCCCAGACACCGCCUCCGACCCUUCCUCCCCGGGCCGCCUCCCGGGCCGUCCGUCUCCCUGCGGAGACUUCCGGAGGCCGAGUCCGGAUGCACCGUCGGCAGCCUCUUCCCUUCCACCGCCGGAUCAGAAGUAUAUAUAUAUAAAUACAUAUAUAUAUAUUCCCGACUAAGGUCUGAUUGGGAAAUACUUCCUGUCUUUUAAGCAUCAAAUUGUUUUAGUUGAUUUAAAAAUGAAAAAAACAAUGAAAGACAAAAAAAGGAAAAAGAAAAAAAAACACGCCAAGGAAAUGGUUGGGGCGUCUGUCUAAUGUGGAGGGUCUUUUUUGAGGGAUCUCCUAAAAUAAAAUAUUUUGAUAAGCA